GGCAGAGGCGAAGAUGCAGUUACUAUCGAGGUUUUGGACGUUGCGAGUGCCAACAAUGCCAUAUUCUUUGCUCCUGUCGAUGGUAUACCUGGUAAAAUGAGAAUGUUUCGAUAUACUUCCAGUAAGCCUCAUCGCAAUCCUGGUCUGGACAAUCAAGUCGUUUUGCACGAGUAUGGUCAUGGUAUUUCAAUUCGUUUGACUGGUGGAUCUUCAACAGACAAUUGCUUGUCCAGGGCCGAGUCUAAUGGUAUGGGUGAGGGCUGGUCUGACAUAUUUGCCAUGAUCAUAACUGCCAAACAAUCACACAAAGCCGACACUCCUAUUGCCUUUGGUAGCUAUGCCAAGAAUUCGCCCAGCGGUCUUCGCUCUCAUCCUUACACUACUGACAUGAAAGUCAAUCCCUUGACGUAUGCCGAUCUUCAAACUCGUAAAUUAGCUCACGAUAUGGGUGAAGUGUGGGCAGCCAUGCUUUGGGACAUCUACUGGAACUUGGUCACCAAGAGCGGAUUCUCCACCAAUCUUUACAAUGCCAAGGGCAAGUUUGGUAAUGUUAUUACUAUGCAGAAUAUGAUUGGUGGAAUGAUGCUUCAACCAUGCAAUCCCACUUUUAUUGAUGCUCGGGAUGCCUUUAUUGCAUCUGAUGCUGUCCACUACAAAGGUGCCAACAAGUGCGAAAUCUGGAAAGGUUUCGCCAAACGAGGUUUGGGAGUCAAGGCUGCAGAUUAC